AACACUGGAAGUAAGUGCAGUUCUUUACAAUUGUCCCAAUGUUUUGCAUUAAUGAUAUAACAAGUGAAAGAUUUGGGAUAUUACUUACCAGAUUUAAACGAAUGCUUCUAGUCUCAACCAGCCUAUUAGAGAGUGUGAGUGCAGCUUUAACGCAGGACGACUGUGAGUGAGUUGGGGUGGAUUUCCCUUGUACUCAGUCGGGGACUACAGCAGUAGCACAAUCGUCGUAGUAGAAUGCGCUGCUGAGAAAAGGAGGACGCAAUAGAGGAGAGAGAGAGAGAGGAAGAGAGAAAGAGAGAGAGAGAGAGAGAGAGAGAGAGAGACCACCCGGUUUUCUAUCACAAACAGAGGAGAGCGGCCACCCUCUCAUCCCCGGACAUGUGGUGCACCCAGCAGCAGCAGCAGAGGAGGAGGCACUAGCAGCAGCAGCAGCUUGGGCAGCAGCGGCGGUGACGGCGUCGCUUUCUACGUCUUCUGGGCUUCUUUUGUGUUUAAUUUCCCUUCUUUUGUUUCCUUUGGUAAUGAGCUUGCUGGGGGCCUACAAGAAAAAGAGCAGUUACGAUGGAUAUGAAUCUUUGCAGCUGGUCGAUAGCGGAGGGGAUAGCUUCAGCAUCGGCAGAGGGAGCAGCGGCGGCACACUUGGAGGCUCCAUAUCGGCCACCCUCGGACCGAAGGCGGGCCCGCUGAGAGAGGAGGACUGCAGCACCAUGGACAGCUCAGAUAUGGAUGCAGGCUAUGGCGGAGGACUGCUGGAUAUGGUCAAGGGAGGAGCGGGCAAGUUCUUCAGCAACUUUAAGGACAACCUGAAAGACACGCUGAAGGACACCUCCACCAAAGUCAUGCAUCAAGUUGCUACUUAUACCAAAGGGGAGCUGGACAUCGCCUACAUAACAUCACGGAUCAUAGUGAUGACCUAUCCAGCUGAGUCGGUGCAGAUUGGCUACCAGAACCAUGUCGAAGACAUCCGCUCUUUUCUUGACAGCCGGCAUGCAGACCACUACACUGUUUUCAACCUAUCACAGCGUAACUACCGUGGGGCCAAAUUCUCCAACAGGGUUUCAGAGUGUAAUUGGCCUUCACGCCAAGCACCCAGCCUCCACAACCUGUUUGCCGUGUGCAAAAACAUGUACAACUGGCUGAAACAGAAUCCCAAGAACGUCUGUGUAAUCACAUGCUCGGAUGGUCGUGCUCCUUCAGGUGUUUUGGUCUGUGCCAUGUUCUGCUUCUGCCACCUCUUCAAUAAUCCAGUUCCUGCCAUGCAGCUGCUCAGCGCCAAAAGACCAGGUUCUGGCCUCUGGCCUUCACACCGCAGGUACAUAGGCUAUGUAUGUAGCAUGGUAUCAGAGAAGCCUAGCCUACCCCACUCCAAGCCCUUGGUGAUCAAGGCCCUCACUAUGAGUCCCAUCCCCUGUUUCAACAAGCAGCGUAGUGGCUGUCGACCUUUCUGUGACGUUCUCAUUGGAGAGACGAAGAUCUUCACCACUGCACAGGAGUAUGAAAGGAUGAGAGAGCACAGGGUCCAGGACGGGAAGGUAGUUUUCCCUCUGGGUGUAAGCGUACAAGGAGAUGUUGUGGUUUCAGUCUACCACAUGAGAUCAACCAUUGGAGGACGACUGCAGGCCAAGGUAUCCAACACACAGAUCUUCCAGAUUCAGUUCCACACUGGCUUCAUCGCUCCUGGAACCACUAUGUUAAAGUUUAACAAACCAGAGCUCGAUGCCUGUGACUCUCCAGAGAAAUAUCCCCAGCUCUUCCAUGUGAUAUUGGACGUGGAGGUGGAAGGGGUGGACAAACAGAAAGACCUGACACCACCAUGGGAACAGUUUCCUUGUAAAGACUUGAGCCCAAAUGUGCUCUUCUCUGGCCACCAGGAACAUCAGGAUGCACUGGCGAUUGCUGAGCCAAGUCGGUCCCACGGAGGUCCAGACGGUCGGGUACGUGGCGAGGAGAGCGAGCCGUCGGAUGAUGAAAUGCUUUCUCUCUCCAGCCAGCAAAGCAAUGCCAGUGCAGCCCAUCAGAAACCUGACCUCCCAGCUCCCACUUCUGCCACCCCUGCUCCCGCCGAGGAAGUCGAUCUUCUCGGCCUCGAUGGUGACGAGGUCAACCGCCCGUCAUCUAAGCCCCCAUCUACAGCAGCUGCAACCACUGACCUCCUAGGGGACUUGUUCGGGGGCCCACCUCAGUCAACCAGCGGGCCUCCAUCUGCCCAGUCCACUCCACACAAAGUCGCCCCCAACACUGCCUCACCAUGCCCCUCACCUGCCCCACCAGCAUUUGAUCCUUUUGGGACGGGUCCGAUGCCUAAACCUCAGGACGUGAUGGGUUCAUUCCUCGGACCAGGUAAAGUGGGGCAGCCAGACCCUUUCCUGCAUGCUGCUCGCUCACCAUCACCCACCCUGCAACCUACAAGCCUCGGUCGGAGUUCCCCCGUCCCACCCACCACCCCUACUGUCAACAUUCAGCAGCAAAACGCCAUGGGAGCAUGGGACUGGAACAGACCUGCUACCACAAGCACAGGAGGUUUUGGUAUGGGCAGUCGGUCAGCCACUACCAGUCCCACUGGCUCAGUCCACAGCACCCCCACCCACCAAACCAAGCCAAACACUCUGGACCCAUUCGCUGAUAUUGGCAACCUGGGGGGAAGCCUUGGAGGAGGCUCUGGCUUCUCGAGCAAGCCCACCACCCCUACUGGAACGGCCCCUUCCUUCCCUCCAAUGGGCUCCCCAUCGAGGCCUCCGCCAUCUCCCCAGCACACAGGAGCCUGGCAGCCCCACGCAGGAGGCACUUUCCCCUCGUGGCAGGCUGGUGGAAGUGGUGGAGGGUGGCAACCGCAAGGACAGGGUCCUGCUCCGCAGCCAAAGCCCAGCCCCAGCCACACUUCCAUGCCCCACACAUCGCCCCAGAAUCGACCCAACUACAAUGUUAGCUUCUCCGCAAUGGGAGGAGGCUCACCCAGCGCAGGGGGAAAACCACAGGCUGGGAUGGGUUCGAAGUCCAAACCCUCGGAUGCCAACUUUGACGACCUGCUGUCUGCUCAGGGGUUUGCAGGGACCAAAGAGAAGAAAGGGCCCAGGACUAUAGCAGAGAUGAGGAAGGAGGAGAUGGCCAAAGAAAUGGACCCUGAGAAACUAAAGAUUCUGGACUGGAUAGAGGGGAAAGAGCGUAACAUCCGUGCUCUGCUCUCCACCAUGCACACUGUGCUUUGGGAAGGAGAGACACGCUGGAAGCCUGUGGGCAUGGCUGACCUGGUUACUCCAGAGCAGGUCAAGAAGGUCUAUCGCAAAGCAGUCCUGGUUGUUCACCCAGAUAAGGCGACGGGACAACCAUACGAACAAUAUGCCAAGAUGAUUUUCAUGGAACUAAAUGAUGCCUGGUCAGAAUUUGAGACCCAAGGACAAAAGCCUCUCUACUGAAAAAAGCGUAAGGGGACUUAAGGAGGAGGAGAUGAUGUCCCUGCUGAUUCCAUCAUCUAACCCUUACAGUGUUACCACCUCUUGUCCGCAUACUGCAGCCACACCCUGCAACAUCUGCCUUUAUACCCAUGCUUUAACACGUGUCUCUCUUCUUGCAACAAAAACGCAGAACUUGAGUGAUGACAGGCUAUAGAACAGCCUCCCGUGCCCGGACUAGAAGCUCAGAUGAACAGCUGACUCUCUGUAGCUCUAAUAUCCAUACUGUAUGUAUGAACCAUCCUAUUCAAAAAAAAUUGGACGUCAAAGAGACGGAUCAAAACAAGGUGAGAGCUGUUGAUCUGGAAAAAGAAACGCGCGAGAAUAAACUGAGCAAACAUUUGUCAGACUGCUCUUCGCGAGAGCUUUGAAGCAUGAAGAAGUCUGUGAGACACUACAAGCAUUUAACAGCAUUCAAGCCAUUUUUUUUGUACUGUGAGCGAACACUGAAUUCAAGAUCAGUUCUGUCAUAUCAAAUCCAGUUUUCACACUAUUUAAUGUCCCUAUAAAUAACAAACACAAACAGCAGCGUCAAGUUAAAAUAGGCUGUUUGGAGGUGAUUGGAUUAGAAAAUCUUGAUCAGAGGUCGAGUUUCACCUUGAAGAUGUCGUCUGCUGAGUGUAGCUGAGGAAACAAAAUUAGUUAAAAAAAAAAAACCAGUAACACAAUAACUUGACUUGUUAUGUGACAUAUAUGAUAUCAUGUGGAAUGGUUUUGUUAUGAAGAGGUUUAAUACGAAUUGGUGUGUCUGAUAUCCUGAAGCCUUGUGGGGAACUGGGGAUUGUAUGUUUUAGCAUUAGCACAUGUACAGUUCCUUACAUGAAGCACCUUGAGGCCUCGCACACACUCACUCAUAUAAUAAUAUAUUUUUGCUUUACAUCUCUGUGAAAGCACAAACUGAUGAAUCGAAUCGGUGCAGCUCUCAAGGAAGGCAAUCCAUGAAUUAAUUUAUUAAAUCGCUUUGUUUGUCUUUAAAAUAAUGGUUCAAAUUCAAUCUGCUCGUGAGAAACAGUUCAGGACUUUGAGGCUGUUGUCUUAAAGACUUUUAACGUCUGUCAAACACAGUCGUCUGCCAAAACAGUAAAAACCACUGGCAGUUAAAGGAAAUCUGAUCACAGUGCAGCUCUCUGCUGGGAAACAUCAGGCAGUUCAUGAGAAUGUGAUGCCCUUAACAUCACACCUAUCCUUCAGACUCCCCAGAUCCCCCACGUCUGAUCAAGGAUCCAUGGGACGCACUCUAACAGAUGCCUCCACACAACCAGAGGGCUCAAAUAAUUUGCCUCUGUCCCAGUGCCAGAGUUCGUAAGACACCCCAAAACAUCCCAUCUUGAUGCUCUGAUGAGUCAGAGCUGUUCUAGAGGGGAGCCUGCAUUAAAUUAGGGAGGUAGUUGUAAGGUUGAGACUGGGUGGAGUAAUCUCUGAACCACAGAAGUGACACUAAUGUGCUUAAACGCAAACCAUCAAGAACGCAAUAAGAGUUCUGUUUACUGUAUAUCACUGUUUCAUGUCAGGCAGAUCAUACUGUGUUUCAUCAAAACACUGAUUUACAACAAUUUACUGUUUAUUGAUUUGUUUUGUUUACUUUUUACUUCAUUUGCUACACGUUUAUUCAUAAUCAGCAUAAAAGAAUGGGGUAUGCAUUAGAAGUAGUGAACAGCAGUAGAUGCUGCAGCUGAUGUGUACUAACCUAACACAAACAUUUGCUGAUUUUGGAUGCAUUUGGCCCCUUUUUACGUGCAAUUAUUCACAAAAUCAGUUCUUAGUGCUAAAAGCGCUUCAUCAUUUUAGAGCAAAGUGGAGAAAACGAUAAAAUAUGCAAUAACUUGAGAGGCAAUGAUCAAUUUCUUUCAAGCACAUGAGGUUUUCACAAAACACUAAUAUGUUCCUACACGAUCCCCAGAAACAGUUUAAGCUGUUUCAGGGUGAAACAGUUUAGGCUGUUUAGGUUUAUUCUUCACACACAAAUCGAGCCAAGUGUUUACCUUCUCAUGCUCAUGACCAGUUGAAGAUCCUGACACUGUCUUCAUGCUCUCUGAUUUGCAUAGUAAGGUCAAAGGUGAUUUUCUGUUGGCAUCAUACUGUCUUUUCCCUUCACUGGAUUUCAUUCGUCCAGUUUGUUCAUCUGCAUUAAGGACGCUGACUGACUUCUGACCAGCGUAAGAGAAUUAUGUGAGGUGUGGUUUCAUUAGCUGGCUGAGGACCCCGAAAGGAUCCCAAAACAAGUGUUGACUGGGCCGUCGAACAAGACUCCGGGUCUCAGGCUGAAAAUACUGAACUUUAAUCUGGAGGUGACUGCUUUCUUUGUUGUUUUACAAGAUAUGAGAAGUGUGUAGUAUGUGUCUAUGCUUUAUUUACACUGAGGACCUACAUGUGAAAUAACCCUCAUAGGCUCCCUCGCUGACUGAAUCUGCGAUCUUACAGCUAUGUUAAAAAGCUAACCUCUAUAUUGUAGUCAGUGGAUGUGUGUUGUUUGAACUUGUGGUAUGUAUGGAGGAGCUCAGAGUUGGAUACAGAGUACUGUAAGUUAUGUGUUUGCCUGUCUCCUGUUCAAAUAUUACUUAAGCUGUGUAAAAAUUCUGUUCAUGUUGUUCUUUUCAGUUCUGUUUACGGUUACAGGAUGUACAUAAUGAUCAAGUGCAGCGCACAGAAAUAAACAGUAAACAGAAACCGG